AUGGUGCCGACCUCGAUAGCAAUAGGUCGGAAAACGUGUCCAAGGUUAGACGCCUUCGUCAGGUAUUUUGUGUUCUUCUCUUUCUCAUUCACUCAUUCACUUUAUUCAAUUUCACUGGUAAACACACUUUGGUCCAACACUCUAGGUCAUCUCCCUCAUCGUGAUGGUCGUCUGAGUAGUUUGUGUGAUGGCCUCCUAAGAGAUCACGACAAAGAUCAGCCUCUAGUUCUCAGUGAAUUGACAAGUGCCCUGGCAAAUCUUCACCAGCAGUUCGACGAUACUCGAAAAGUGUUAUCAUGUAUAUCAAAACUUCCAGAUGCUCCAAAGAAACUUCAAGGAAAACUUCACCAAGCCAAGAAAGCUGUUGAGUUCACCCAGGUUUUACAACAAUGCACCAAUAGUUGUGAGCAAGCCCGAAUACAAGGUUGUGGUGGUCCAAAUUCUGGGGCUUGGCUGGAUGCGAUUCCGAGUACGCAUCAUUUCAUUCUCAGCAAUGACAACUUUGUCAACGCUGUUUGUCUGCGACUCGGUAAAGCCAUCCCGUGCUUGCAUUCUUUGGACCAGUGUGUUGCUCAGUGUGGUCAGCCCAUAGACAUUGAAGGAUACCAUGCCAUGACCUGUAAGUGGGGUGGAGGCCCAAUCAAACGACAUGACAGUGUACUCGACUGCUUUUACGACAUGUCCAAAUCUCUUGGAUUCCAUUGUCGCAAAGAGUUGACAGCGCAAUUCGAGAAUAAGCAACGUCCUGACAUCGCCAUAUACAAUUAUAAAGAUGGAAAAAAGCUUCUCUUAGAUGUAACCAUCACCCAUCCCUUGGCGAAGCGGUCAAUCAGUGCCAGUUGUAGCAAACCUGGUUUUGCAGCAGCUGAGAAGGAGAGAGAGAAAGAUAGCAAGUACCUUGUCAAAUCAACAAAUCUUGGGUACUUGUUUCGUCCCAUUGCCCUAGAGGUAUACGGCCGUUGGGGAAACACAGCGGAGACGACACUAGAAGAACUAUCAAAGAAGUCCCCUCAAUCUACAGGCUUAAAUCCCAGCGAAUUCAAGCUACAUUGGAGAAGGAGAAUAGCGAUCAAUCUUCAAAGGACCAACUCAUCAAUCAUCCAAAACAAGGUGUCUGCCAUCGUUGGAAAGUGUAUCGGAAAUCCUGAUGCUGCUUUUACGAUGUCAGCAAGAUACUUUGGUGGUGACUUUACGUAGUUAGCUGUGAGUUUGUGUAGGUGUGUUGUAGU